CCAAUCGUCAUACGCGCACUCGAGUCGACAUGUCGGGAAUACUGCCGUCGAUUGAGAACUUUGCGAAAGGGACUUUUGCGACUGCUGCAGGGCUUGGUACAGUUGGUGUAGGCCUCCUGUUCUUUGGCCAGAACUACCUGAUAUACCCGUCUGCAUUCCCUCCUGGUUCAAGAACAGAGGUACCUGCUCCUAUCGACUUUGGUCUCCCAUUUCAAGCCCCCGAGUUAACAACGCCGGAUGGCGUAAAGCUGCGGUGCUAUUCAAUGCUGCAACGCAAGGACAUGUCGAACGUCGGCGCUCCUGAGGUUGAGACUCAUGAACAAGAGACGGAUGAGGAGUUUGCGAACCGCCGACCGACGGUGCUGAUGUUCCAUGGGAAUGGAGGCAACGUGGGCCAUCGCAUUCCCCUCGCGAAAGUUUUCUACGUCAAGAUGCGAUGCAACGUUUUCAUGUUGUCUUACCGAGGAUAUGGCCAUUCCGAGGGCAGCCCGUCAGAGAAAGGUAUCCAGAUUGACGCGCAGUGCGCACUUGAUUACGUUCUCGGGCAUCCAGCGCUCGCUCGUUCACACAUCGUCUUGUACGGCCAGUCCAUUGGCGGCGCAGUCGCCAUCGAUCUCGCGAGUCGCAAUCCCCAUGCUAUCCGCGCACUCAUUCUCGAAAACACUUUCCUCUCGCUGCCGCGGCUUGUGCCGAACGCGUUCCCGAUCCUCGGGCCGUUCGCGUUCCUGUGCCACCAGAAGUGGGACUCGGCAUCGAAGGUGCCCCUCAUCCCGCGCAAGACGCCCAUUCUGAUGCUCAGCGGCGUAUGCGACGAGGUCGUUCCCCGCGAGCACAUGCAAGGCCUGUGGGAGAUCGUGCAGAGGAGGGCCAGCGGGCGCGGGGGAGAGCAAAGAAGCGAGGAGGGCGGCAAGACUGUGCAUGAGGCCAGCUCCGGGGGUUCCUUUUCACAGUUUGUCGAGUUCGAGCAGGGGACGCACAACGAUACGUGCGUGCAGCAUGGCUAUUGGUCGACCAUAGCCGAGUUCAUUGAGGGACUGGAUGAUGAUCCCUAAGUCUACGAAAUAUAUCACAUUCCCGAUGUUAUUGACAUUGACAGAGGGGUGGUUGCUGUGCGUCUUGUUUGAUAAUUGUCUGACUGCUAAUUCCUUGUUUUGCUACUUUCCGCAUUUUGGAACAUGUACAAGUACAAAAACUUCUUGCGCCCUGAAUGAUUAGAAAAUAACAAUCAAACAUAUCUAA